UUUUAUAACUACUGUUUACCAAUCACUUUUGUGGUAAAAUUGUCUGAAAUAAAUUCAUUCAAUAAAUUCAUUCAUUCAAACGUAGGGCUAAAUUUACGUAUGAAUAAAUGGACCAUUUUUAUGAUGUAGGCGUGAAAAUUAGCUUCCCCUCUUUAAAAAAACAGCAACCGCCACUGCACUUGAACUACUGUGGUGUUCAUAGGAACCAUUUGACAGGUGGCCCCUGUCCCAGCAAAGCCACCAUCAAAGGGAAGACAGUGGUCAUAACAGGAGCCAACACAGGCAUCGGGAAAGAAACAGCUCGAGAACUGGCAAGGAGAGGGGGUCGGGUCAUUAUGGGAUGCAGGGACAUGGAGAAGUGUGAGGACGCUGCCAAGGAGAUUCGAGGGAAGACUCUGAACCCUCACGUGUAUGCACACCACAUCGACCUGGCCUCCAUCAAAUCCAUCCGCCAGUUCGCAGAGAGGAUCAAACAAGAGGAGAAACGUGUGGAUAUACUGAUAAACAACGCAGGUGUGAUGAGAUGCCCUGUUGGAAAAACUGAGGACGGCUUUGAUGUACAGUUUGGAGUCAACCACUUAGGACAUUUUUUGCUAACAAAUCUUCUGCUGGACAAGUUAAAGGAGUCUGCCCCCAGUAGAGUGAUCAACCUGGCUUCUCUCGCUCACAUCGUUGGGGAAAUAGACUUUAAUGACCUCAACUGGGAGAAGAAGAAGUUUGACACCAAGCGGGCCUACUGCCAAAGCAAGCUGGCCAACGUUUUAUUCACCAAAGAGCUCGCAAAGAGGCUUGAAGGGACUGGGGUUACUGUAAAUGCCCUGCACCCAGGGGUUGUUGCCACAGAUCUGGGGCGACACACUGGCCUGCACCAAUCACAGUUCUCCAGCUCAGUACUGAGUCCUUUCUUCACGUUACUGGUGAAGGGUCCGGAGCUGGGAGCCCAGCCCAGCGUCUACCUCGCGGUGGCCGAGGAGCUUGUGGGGGUGUCGGGACGUUACUAUGACGUGAUGACAGAGAAGGAACCGGCGCCCAACUCCCUCGACCAGGAGGUGUCUAGUAGGCUGUGGGAGGCCAGCGCCAGGCUGGUGGGGCUGGAACUGACAGGAGGGGAGACGGAGAAGGAGCAGGCCAAGACGCCCACGCCGACAGCAGCACCCGCAGAGACUGUCCCCCAUCCAUGCAGCCCAGACACAGACACAAGGAGGGAGCCCUGAACCUUGAAUGGGAGUCAGGUGGUGUAGCCAUGGAGACCUAGAGUAUUCAUAUUGGCUCUGACAGGGACAAGUAGCCUUAGAGGAACUAUUUAAUUGAGAAUGCAUUAUUGUUAUUGACUUAUUUUGACUGUGUAUUGGGAGAUUUUUGGAAAGGCAUUGUGACAAAAAUUGUUCAGCCCCCAAAAUAUUUUUUUUUAUGUCUUGGCAGUCACGUCAACUUGGGUUUCAUUUGAACUAUUGUCACAAUAAAGUAAUAUUUAUGUAAA